AAAUGUCGAUCUGAUGCCAUUCCCGACUGGCAAUGAAUGCACUCGAGAAUAUCACCAACAACAUCACCGAAGCUGCGAUCUACCGCCAAAACGUGUCAACGUCAUCGCCGGCAACGGCGACAACCAAUCAAACGUCGAGUCCGACUGAUUAUAUGAAAGGGAAUGAACCACAUACUCUUUUGUCGCUCUCGGUUGGAUUUGCAAUUGGAGCUCUACUACGUCAUGCUUUCAAGCGUACACCUCUUCCUUACACAGUUGUCUUGCUUGUCUUUGGUAUGAUUUUGGGAGGAUUGGCUCGCGUUUUCAAGCCGCUUUCGGAUUACACAGCCAUUGCUCACAUGGAUCCUCAUCUGAUUCUGUUUAUAUUUCUACCGACGCUCGUGUUUGAGUCUGCAUUUGCAAUGGACGUUCAUACGUUUAAGAAGACACUUUUUCAGACAGUCAUACUGGCAGGUCCUGGACUUGCUUUGUGCACUGUGUUGACUGCAAUGAUUGGGAGGUUUAUAUUCACAUAUGAUUGGGGCUGGAUGCCAUCACUUAUGUUUGGAUGCAUUUUGAGUGCAACUGAUCCAGUGGCAGUUGUGUCCAUUCUCAGAGACGUUGGAACGUCUAAGCAACUGGGGACGAUCAUUGAAGGCGAGUCUCUGCUAAACGAUGGUGCUGCCAUUGUUUUGUUUGAAGUAUUCAAAGCUGGAUCUAUACCUGGUGGAGCAUGGAAUGGAGGUCAAAUUACUAUCUACUUUAUCAGAGUUGCGCUUGGUGGCCCGUUGUUUGGUUGGUUUAUGGGCAAGCUGUCGAUCUUUUGGCUCUCACAUGUGUACAACGAUGCCUUGGUUGAGAUUACUAUCACACUGGCAUCAACGUAUAUGACGUUUUACAUCGGCGAACAGUUUCUUAAAGUGUCUGGCGUGUUGGCUGUGUUGGCUCUUGGUAUUGAGAUAAACAGUCGUAAGGAGAGCAUCAGUCCAGAGGUGGAAGUGUUUCUGCAUCGUUUCUGGGAGAUGAUGGGAUACCUGGCUAACACAGUGAUAUUUAUUCUUGUGGGUGAGGUCAUCACUGAGGAUGCAUUUGAUGAUGUGACAGGAAAAGAUGUUAUAUAUCUGAUUUCUGUGUAUGUAGGCAUCAUGGUCAUAAGAUCCAUUGUGUUGUUUGGGCUGUCACCAAUUAUGCAUCGGGUGGGCUAUGGCACGAGUUCUCAGAACAUCCUCGUUAUGAUAUGGGGCGGCUUGAGAGGAGCUGUUGGUCUCGUCCUUGCGCUUAUUGUUACAGAACACAACGGAAUAGAUCAACACAGCAUCGGCAGUAAAGUUCUGUUUCACACUGCUGGCAUUGUGGCUCUUACUCUACUUCUCAAUGCAACGACUAUUAAGCCGUUACUUCGACUGUUAGGCAUGACUGCUGUGUCUGAAGCCCGACGUGGGACAUUGACAUCAGCUGUACGUCAUAUACGCCAGACAGCUAAUAAUGCGGUUGCCAUUCUGAAAGAGGAUCGAUUUCUUUGUGGUGCGAACUGGGAGAUGGUGGAAGAAGGUUCGUUUAUUAAGGAUCCGUUCAAAACGGAGAAUGUUGAGUUUCAUGUGGUUGACGAUCAUAUCGAAGAUCUAGCAGAAGUCAGUCAAUGUCCCUGCUGUGAAGCUGUUGUUCCAGUUGUACUGAGAGCAAAGGAUCUAGACGAACUGGCCGAAGAGGCUCGUCUGCGCUACAUCAAGGCACAAAAGACAAGCUACUGGAAACAGUUUGAGCAGGGGAUGUUGGGACGAGAUGCAGUCAGGACACUCCAAGGGGCAGCAGACAGCGCGAUGGACGAAGCAAACAAAUUUAUUGGACUGAAUGACAUCGAACACACAUGGAUGGUACCUAAGCUGUAUAUAAAGACACGUGAAAUGGUGAUACGCUUGCACCAGAGUAUUAGCCAGCCUCCAAUCGAGAUACCCGAGCCGUUUUAUCGGAUUCAGAAACUUGUAUAUCGUUUUGCUUGCCAUCCAUUGUUCGAUUGGAGCAUUAUUGGUCUUAUUAUGAUCAACAUGGUUAUCAUCAUUGUGGAGCUGACUGCGUCAAAGAAUGCAUCGUACAAGGGCGGACUGAAGAUAUCAAACUAUGUGUUUUGCUCGAUCUAUAUUAUCGAGUGUGUUCUCAAGGCUGUGGCCUUUCGCAAGCAUUACAUUCUACCGUUGAAGAAAAACUUUUGGAAUUGGUUCGAUCUUGUGAUUGUCUUAAUCUCGGUCAUCGACAUUUGUAUCGACACGUUUGUGCCUGAGAAUGAGAACAAUGGUGGAUCUAAUUUCUCGCCUGCAUUGCUUCGUGUUGCACGGAUUUUGCGAGUGGCUCGAGUGGGUAGAGGUCUGCGAGCUUUUAAGCUCUUGUUUCCCUUCAUAACAAAGGUGAUCGACAAUAUCAUCAAUAGACAUCUCAGUCUUGGCUACGACAUUGGGAAAGGUUUUGUCCUAGGAGAAGAAGAGGUUGCCAAACAUGUUGAUCAGGUAGUUGAACAUCUUCAGACUGCAGAAGAAUUGAAAUUUCAAUCUGGAAACAACCUAUUGGAAGUAGUCCGGAGCCUUGGUCUGUUGUCGAAAGAACAUCCGGGAGUUGUGAUAUCGGUGCAGACGAGACAGGCAAUAAGAGCGGUGCUCAAUCACUGUCAAGAUGUUAUCCAAAAGAUGCAGUCUGGCGGGCUACUCGAUGAAGGAGACGCAGAGAAAUUAUUCAUGGUGGUCGAAGAGAAAAUGAAGAGACUGCAGAAUAGUCCGUCGCUCAUGAUGCCCACUCCGUCCGACAGGCUUCUGCGCAAGAUGAAAUGGUUGGAGGAUACGUCGGACGAGGUCGCGAAUCGCAUCACGGAAAUCGCCGUGCUGAAGCACUACGGCGAAGGCGAGACAAUCGUACAAGAAGGAGACGAAAGCGACGGAAUGUAUCUCGUUGUGUCUGGCCUCGUUAGGGUAAUGGUGGGAUACGUUUCUUCCAAGGGCAAAUCCCUGAUGACGACUGCUGCUUAUCUCACUUCCGGCAGCGUCAUCGGCGAAGUCGGUUUUUUGACUGGUCAACCACGAAGUGCGUCGGUCGUAUGUGAAACGCCAGCGCAGGCUUUUUUCAUCAAUGCCGUAGAUACCCGACAGGUCAUAUCGGAUCAUCCUCAUCUGGAAGAGAAGCUGUGGCGCGUCUGUGGCAUCAGAGUCGCUAACUCUCUGCUUACCGAAAACGCCUUCUACCAAGUACGUUCGAGGCGAUAAGCCAAUGUCUUUUUUCAUCGCUAUCGUGGUUUGUAUGGUAAAUUAUUGCCGCGGUUAGGGUUGGAGACCGCUACGGUUGAGACUGUUUUGCGAAAACGGCCGUAUAGAAGUACUUCACGAUGAACCGGAGAAAGACAGGUUUGACAUCGACUCGUCGGUCAAGGAGGUGAUUGUUGUGCACAACUCGGUUGUCUGCUUGCCGACUGGAGACUUAGUCGCCGCUCCGACAAUUAUUCCUCACGGAACGAAAGCAGUUCAACUGCCAUUACCAACCGGAGACGAGAAUUUCAGUCCGAGUGCGAGGUUGCUUGUCAUCACUUUGUCCGAUCUCGAGGACUCGAGAAGGCAACGACCCGGAGAUCUCUGCGAGAUCCCCAGUAGUAACGCCGGCAUUCAUGCGGGAAUCAUAAAGAGACCUUUACAGAACAAGAACGUGUUGCUAGAACGGAGUCGAAUGUCGACCGUGCCUACUAGUCUUCUGAACAGGUCUAACAAGGUGAGUCCCGAAAACCCAACACGACUGGAGAACAUUGAAUAGAAUUGGCGUGCGGCAGCUGCUGAUACGAUCUAAGAACAGUCGUGAACUUCUCGUGUAAUUUGUAAUGACAUGCAUGCUUGCCUUUGAUUCAAGUUACAAUCAACUCGUUGUUAGCGUAGUGACUAACGUAAUUUACUAAACUAUGCAACUGGUGGUCUUAGCGACUCGCGUAAAGGUCGCACUUUUUUAACAAGUCGACUCGUUCUUACUACCGGUCUGUAUAGAUAGCAUUAGGGUUUGACAUCUAAAGUCUGACAAACUGCGCUAUCGGAAUA